AUGGAGAUACGCAGGGGUCAAGCAACGAGCGUCUCCACAGAAACCCUCGUCCCGAACAAUCCUCGCAAUGCUCAAAGUCUCUCUGUUCAAACGGGCCAGGCUGGCCGUUUUCCUCGAGCUUCAGCGCUUGGCCUUCCGCCGCUUCACCCCGUCAGCCAGUCUCCGCCGGUUUUCACACGGUCACCCUUAACACCAACAGCCGGCAACAGGCCGACGAGGAAAAAGUCUCUGAUACGCAGCGAUCGAGCCAUCACCCACGGGCGAAAGAGCAUGGAUCGCCGGAGAGGGUCGACGAUCUCUAUGGCCGGACGACGGGCGUCCGUGACAUCAACACGUGGGGGCCAACAUGUGGUUUUGAAUAAGCAGACCGGAGGAUGGUGGCGUCGCAUCGUCAAGACACUGACUUGCUGCUUGCCCGCACCCAUGCUUCGUUGUUGUGGAAUGCGGGAUAGGGGAAUUCAAUUGGCGUUCCGAGAGAAACUCGCUCUUUGUAUCAUCAUCUUCCUGAUCAUGGUGCUCAUCGGAUUCGUGACUCUGUUUUUCACUCAAGUCGCUUGCCUGGCCAAUGGGGGCUUGCCUGCGGUCGGCUACAAAGAAUUGACAGGCGGGAGCGUGCAGUACAUGUUUGCCAUUCGCGGGAAGGCUUUUGAUACUCGCCAGGCACUCUCUAUCUGGAACGGGAACCCCCAUCCAAACGCACGCGCUGUCAUCGAUUACCCACAGAUUGCUGGAAAAGAUCUGAGCCACUUGUUCCCAGUAGUCUCGUCCGGCUGCCAAGAGCGGGCCAAACAGAUGAAGCGGACCGAGGACGCCACGUUUGCACUCCCCUGCACAAUACCAGGCGUCUGGCCACCAGGCACCAACACUCCGGCACAAGGCGGUCCGGCGCCGUUCGCAUGCCACUCCCAGCCCCAGGGCGUGCAGGGCAUCGCUGAAAGGGUCCGUAGCGCUCAGAAAGCCGAUCUCUUCCUCCAAUAUCAAGACGUACAAGGGGAUAAAAGACGCCUCAUCUUCAACGGAAAGGUGUGGGAUAUCUCCCGCAUCAACGAAAUCGAGAAUGUCCUUGAUCCGAAGAUCAUGUCAAUCAUUCGCAAUCACGCCGGGAUGGACGCCACGAAGGCCUUGUCUCAGUCGGCUGAUAUCCAAGACACGGCUGUGUGCUUAGACGAAGUGUUUCGGAUCGCACAAGUCGAUGCCACUAAUUUUGGAUGCGUCCUCAGCACCGUGAUCUUCUACAUCUGUCUGGGGUUCACCCUCGGUACUGUCCUGGCCAAGUUUCUGCUAGCGGUGCUCUUCCAAUGGCUGAUUGGAUGGAGGAUGGGACAGAACGGGAAAGACUCACGCGUCGCUGCCGAUCUAAAGCGUCGGCGGAAGGAGGGUAAUGCAUCGAUAACGGCCGUGCAGCCUCAACCUAUCGUCACCAACUCUGGAGCUGCGAAAUCGAAUGUGGAGUCCAUUCAGAUCGUACCUCUGGGCGACAAUGCGAAAGGAAAGGGCAAAGAACGUCAUUUGAGCAGUCUCCACAUCACCAAUCCGUCCGAUCCAAGCAGCCCUACGGAAGACUCUGCACCAAUUCCAUUGGAACCGAGGAGGCGUUCGAUGAAGACUGUGACACCGAUUCGUGCUCCCGACGGCAAAAUCAUGCAGCCGACGCUUCCAUCGGUAGAGAAUGAAAUCCCAGAGAUGGGCACUCUGACACGGUUCCGCGACCUGCAACUAGCUGCCACCCAAACGCAAACUGAUCCGAUCCUGAGCGACCCGACUCUGAUGCAUACUCUCAUCAUGGUACCUUGUUACUCCGAAAAUCAAGCCUCGCUACGAGCUACGCUCGACUCGUUGGCCCGCACCUACUACCCCGCAACGCACAAGACUCUGUUCGUCGUGGCGGAUGGCAACGUCAAGGGAUCCGGUAACGACAGAAGUACGCCUGAGUACCUCAUUGAUAUGAUGGAGAUUGAUCGGAGAUUCAAGGAUGAGGAUCCGAAGAACGGACAUGGUCCACACGCAUAUACCUACGUUGCUGUCGCCAAUGGCUCCAAGCGAAAGAACUACGCGAAAGUGUAUGCGGGUUGGUACGCAUAUGCCCUGACAGACGCGACCGGCCGAGACGCGACCCAUUCGACAACAGACGAAUCCUCGACAAACUCCAUGUCAAGAACGCUCACCAAUCGCAAAAAAGGCCGAGUACCCAUGAUCCUAGUCGUCAAAUGCGGAAACGAGGAAGAGCGCGACCCAUCCAACAAAUCGACAAAGCCGGGCAACAGAGGCAAACGGGACUCGCAGAUCUUGCUUAUGCAGUUCUUGUCCAAGGUCAUGUUCGACGACCGCAUGACCGAGCUGGAGUUUGAUAUCUUCCACAAGCUCUGGACGAUCACCGGUGUGCACCCGGAUGUUUACGAGGCGGUGAUGAUGGUCGAUGCUGACACGAGAGUGUACCCGGACUCUUUGACCCAUUUGGUCUGCUGCUUCAAACGCGAUGCGAAGAUCAUGGGAGUGUGUGGGGAAACGAGGAUUUGGAACAAGUGGGAGAGCUGGGUGACGAUGAUCCAGGUGUACGAGUACUACAUCUCGCAUCACCUGUCCAAGGCCUUCGAGUCGGUCUUUGGAGGUGUCACGUGUCUUCCAGGUUGUUUCUCGGCGUACAGGAUCAAAGCGCCCAAGAACGAUCUCUGGGUCCCGAUUCUGGCGAAUCCGGACGUUGUGGAGGAAUACUCUGAGAACGUCGUUGAGUCUUUGCACGACAAGAAUCUGCUGCUUCUUGGAGAAGAUCGGUUCUUAACCACGUUGAUGUUGAAAGCCUUCCCCAAGCGCCGCAACGUCUUUGUACCGCAGGCACUCUGCAAGACGGUGGUACCCUCGUCCUUCAGCGUCCUUCUCAGUCAACGCCGUCGAUGGAUCAACAGUACCUUGCAUAACCUCCUCGAGUUGGUGCUGGUCCGUGACCUUUGCGGAACAUUCUGCUUCAGUAUGCAGUUCGUCAUCUUCAUGGAACUCAUCGGUUCAGUGUUGCUCCCUGCCGCGCUCGCUUAUAUGAUCUACAUUGUCACCAUUACCAUCUUCCGCCUCGUUCACGAAAACUUGACCCUGACUUUUGAUGUCUUGUUGCCGAUCAUUCAGCUUGGAGCGAUUAUCUGUUUACCAGCCAUGAUGAUUCUCUUGACGAUUAGGAGCUGGAAGUAUAUCUGGUGGUUCUUCGUUUACAUUCUGGCUUUGCCGGUGUGGCAAUUUAUCUUACCGCUUUACUCUUUCUGGCAUUUCGAUGAUUUCUCAUGGGGUGAAACACGCGUCGUCACUGGAGAAGAAGGCAGGAAAGCCGCGGACCACUCACGCCGGGACGGAGAAUUCGACCACAACGGGAUCUUCAUGAAGACAUGGAAGGAAUGGAUGCGCGAACGCACGAUACAAGAAGACCGCAAGCGUGGCGCGUUCGGCCAAGGACAGUCGAUGUCUGCUUCUGGCCCUACUCCUGGACCAACGCCAUCGCGAAACCCAAGCGUGCCUCAUUCCGCUGGAUUUGCACCCCGGCCCUCCAUCGCAAUACCGCCACCUCUGUUUGGCCCACCGCCUCCAGGCUCGCGGCCGGUUAGGGCAUCUUCAUCCGGCCAUCCAGCAGAUUUUGGACGUGCGCCUUUCUCUGCGCCCGCCAGUUCACUACCCUUCUCACCCCCCAAUGGCACUGCGACCAUGAGGACUCCGACCGGUACGCCUCCCCUCAUGAGGGCUCCAACCGGUACACCUCCACUCAUGAGGACACCGACAGGCACACCUCCGCCCCUCUAUCCACCUGACGCUCGUGCGUCACAGAUGUGGUACCCGCCGUACCCGUUCACGCCAGCGUCGGCCGCGUUGGCGUCAUCACCGGGGAUGGGCAGGCAGAAGUCUGCGCAACCGCAGCAUAAUCUGGGUUACUUCCCGGUCCAGAUGCAGAUGCCACCGACGCCGCACCAACGUCCACGUGCGUCGACUCAGCCACCGCUAUCCGCGGUGCUUCAGCAGAGUAGCCCGUCGACGACUUUACAGUCUCCGAAGACCCCUGGAACAGUGGGCACCGAAGACUCUCAGCAGAAAUGGGAUGCAGGCUGGGAGUACUGUACAUGUAAUGUAGCUAGCUUCUCACUUGACCUUUGUUCUCCCUUUACCGGCGAUGUCAUGUUUGUAAAGUUCACCGUCAGGACUGUGAAAUUGGCUGCCAAGUCUUCACAGAUGGGCUACAAAGUUUGGACGAUAUGUGAAUGUGCAUAUGGCAUAACGCACCGUAAAUUAACGCCCCGUCGCAUGAAGACCGUGCGUAUGGCCCCCUUAUUAAGGUACAGUAGUGUUCACAAAAAAGAAAUGCUACACAUCCUAUCCCUUCGCCUCCGUACCCCCAGCUUCUCCAGGGGAACCUUCAAGCAGAAGACUGGAGCCGGGCUGGGUGAUUUAAAUUCACCGUUUGCGCGCGGACAGCUGGCAGAAAGUGGACUGAUUUGCCCUACGACGGAGUGGAUUGAGGGGAGAAGGAGGGAACUUAAUGUUUCAGCCCAGAGGGUGCAGCCGGGGAUCCUGUACGGCAUACCCGCCAUCAUCGUGCUGAUCGUCCUCCUGGCCAUAAUCGUGCCAGUAAUGACGGGCUCCCGACCCGAGCUAAUGAAUCCUGCCGGUCCUCCCUCCGGAAUCAUACAAGUCGGCGCCUGCAUGUUAGGAAUGUUCCUCGCUUUGGUCAUCGGGGGCACUUUGCGUCGGCGCGCGAUCCUUUCCGCCAUGAGCACGACCGAAAAGUUGUCGGAUGAUUUCAAUAAGGUGGAUAAUGCUCGGGGGAUGAUGUGGCGGUAUAUUGACAAAGGGACCAGUCAUCCAGAGUCGACGGUUGAACUCUACGCCUUUAGCGCCCAAUCCGCAUCUCUCCUCGCUCAAUCACUCGCACCAGAGCCGCUGCCCGCUUACCUGCCAAAACUAACCCCUGGAGAUUCCUCGCCGAUCUACCCUCCAGCACCACCAUCAUCCGGCGGUGCAUCGGGAGCACUCCCAGCGUAUGCGCCAGUAGCUGAAAAUGGCGCAAAACGGUUUGCGGAGGAGAUGCGUGUCUAG